AUGGUCCGCCGUGUGCGAGAAUGUCUUGGCUGUGAACGGCGGUUCGUCAGCAAGUCUAGCCAGAAUCUGUGGUGUGGCAGCUGCUGUGCUUCCAAUGACAAUGACGACAAUGACAAGGCGAGACGACGGCGCAUCAGUGAUCCAUUGCCACUACUUCCUCAACAGUCAGUUACUACUGCUACUACUCCAUGUACGGAUGGCCCACUCAAGCGACCCAGACUCUCCUUGCCACUUCCAAUGCCACUACAGACAGAGCCAUCAGCACCAUCAGAAGAAGACAAAGAAGAAACACACGCAAUCUCUGCUGAAGAUGAACAACCCGUCAUUUUUGAGAUUGAUGACGAUGAUGAUGACGACGACGACAAUCAAAGUGGACAAAGUGAAGGAUACGAUGAUGUCUACUGUACUCAAAUGUAUGAUGAUGAUGAUGAUGAUCAGGAUCAAGAUCCACAAGUAGAUGAAUCAGAAGAAACACAAGACCAAGAAGACACCAAUGACGCUGCACUUCCAUGCAACACAAGUACCAAUUUUAAAAGAAGCGACCAGCAAAAAGAGCCCAAGAUGAAGAACACGGGGAAAACUCCCCAACCAGGAGAUGAUGUCUGCAUCAUUUGUGGAUCUUCCUUUGACAGAAUCACCACUGGAUUCCAGGGAAGAUUGAACCACAUCAAGAGAUGUGCAAAAAAACAUGGAGUACAAGCGCAGGACAUGAAACUCAAUCACGACGACAAUGACGACUUACAAGACAACUGUAAGAAAGCUCCCGCCAAAAUAAACCCAUACGCAAAACAAACCAGCAACAAUAGCGACAACAACAAUACAACGGAAACCUACAACAAUACUCAGCACACAUGGCAUGCAGGAGCGGAUAGAGACCUCCAACUUGCUACGGGCACUUUUACAACAUCUACGAGUACAAACACCAAAUCAAACAAAACACCAUCAGCAGCACCAGCAGCUGCAGCCUCCAAACAGACCUCUCUCACGAGCUACUUCAAGGCUCCACUCCGAUCACUCAACAAUGUACUACUCGCCAGUGCCAAAAAUGCCGCAAAGACUUCCAAACUCAACAAGCAACAAAAGCAACAACAACAACAAACAGCCAAUAAUAAUAGUAAGAAGGCACGAUGGAACUCCCGACAAAACUACGUCAAGAAAACGUGUCCGGCAUACAAGCGCAUCACCGGAACGGACUUUAUUUGCGACGGAUUCACAUAUGCCAAACCAUCCCUCUCUCAAACCUACUUUUUGACGCAUUUUCAUUCCGAUCACUAUGGAGGAAUCACGCGCACAUGGCAAGCGGGGGUCAUUUACUGCAGUUUGCCCACGGCCAAUCUCGUCCACGAACGAUUGGGAGUCGAUCGACACUACUUGCAUCCGCUCGCCCUCAACACUCCCACGGUCAUUGCUACCAGUGCCGGACGACCCGUCACAGUCACACUUUUGGAUGCCAAUCAUUGUCCGGGAGCCGUCAUGUUUCUCUUUCAAGUGGGAAAACGAACGAUUCUGCAUGUUGGAGAUUUCAGAUGGCAUCGCGCUCAAAUGCUACCGCCUCUGCAGCGCGUCUUACAACAACUGCCGGUGGAUGAACUCUUUUUGGAUACCACCUAUUGCCAGGAACGGUACACAUUGCCAACCCAACAAGCCGCCAUUCAAGCCACUGUCGAAAAGGCCGUCCAAGAAGUCCAGCGAGCUCGCGCCGCGAAAGAACGGUUGUUGCUGCUUUUUGGAGCCUACACGAUUGGCAAGGAACGCAUCUACUUGGCCGUGGCAGAACGGUUGGGUGUCAAGGUGUACGUCGAUAGUCAACGAUACAAGGUUCUCGUGGCCGCCUUGGAAUGGCCCGCCGACAAGAUGCAACGACUUUUGACCACGAAACGCAACGAAUCCAAUCUGUGGGUGGUCGAAUUGGGGCAUAUCAACAUGAAACGAUUGCCACCGUACUUGUACGCAUGUAGCCAAGCCAAACAUCCCGUCGCCAAAUUCGACCGCGUCGUGGGAUUUCGACCCACCGGAUGGUCCAAUCGACCCAACAAUAAUCACAAUCUCCUGACCACGGCCACCACUGGCAAGUUGACCGUGCACAGUGUCCCCUACAGUGAACACUCGUCCUUUCCCGAACUGGUGGAUUGCAUUCGAGCUUUGAGACCCAAAAAGAUUGUCCCCACCGUCUCCGUUUCCAAGAGUCAACAACAAGUUGAUUUGCUCUUGAGGCAUGUGCGAAUGCGACAAACCACCUUGGCGUAA